CCCAAUCAAUCAAUCAAUCAAUCCAUCAGACAAAUAUUCGUCUGUGACUGCUGGACGCAGAUGUCCGUGCGUUCGCCGCGGCGGGCCAGAAUCCGGAAUGAUGCGAGCAAACUUGAGGCGAACUGGAAUGAGCCCACACAUUUGUCAGUGCCGGGGUCGAGAUAGAAAGAAACACUUUCUGUGUGGUCCGAACGACAAAAGAAGAGACACCCACUCUUGCCUGCCCUCUUUCGAUUCGCAAGGGGAAAGAGCGAGAGAAAGAGAGACACGAGGAGACACUGGACAAGACCACCUACCGGUACCUAUCGAUGGGCUUGUACCCCACUUCGCACCGUAGCUGCUAUCGAUGGCAUGCGCGAAAAUGGACGCAACUUCCUUUUUUCCUCCUCCAUCGUAGCACUGUACUUUCUCUUUUAGGAUUUUGUGAUCACCUGGAAGAAGGUACGACCGCGAAUUGUGAUGCCUCCCGACUCCUUCGCUGUGCGCCGCGGAUGGAACAGCCGCUCAACCAUUUUUUUGUUUGUUUUUUUGGGGAUGUGUUUGAAAGAUGCCAAGAUGGGGUGGUUACCGCGUCGCUGGCCGUCCCUCGCAUAAAGCUUCGCGACGGGCAUAAUCAGAAUGUGUUUAGACAUACAAACUUACCGACACAUCAAAGCAAUAUGGCAUGGUUCGCCCAAUGCGUGGAUCAGGCUGCACUUGAAGACAAGACAAAUCAAGACGAGUAGGAAUGCCGACGCCAACCCGUGUGUAAUUGUCUACUUGCGCUUGGACCCUUUACCCAUUUCUCUCUCUCUCUCUCUCUCUCUCUCUCUCUCUCUCUCUCUCUCUCUCUCUCU